GCCUGGCAGGCAGGGUGAGCUUGGAUCGCUUCCGUCCCAACUUUAUUAGAUACCAGCCUGCCAGCCUGCACUGGCCCUCACUCACGACUGCAGAUGCUGCAAGCGGCACGCCGAGAGCAACCUCCUGCGCGCCGAGUGCCAGGAGCCGAGAAUGUUGACAGGGAUCAGCUAUCGACGUCUUCCCUACACGGUACUCCGUACCGAAAACAAGUACCUCCGUACCCAUUCAUGUGAUGGCUGGUUCGUCCCUUUCUUGCGCGUUUCCUCUGCAGUAUUAUGCGCGCCACCGACAAGCAAAGCACACCCACGCCUGCGGGAUUCCCGCCUGUUUGGUUCCUGGCCCCUGGUAUCCCCCUCCUUUUCUCCUCGGGGCUGAAGAACGAACCGGGGAAAAAAGAAGAAAGCAGAGACAAAUUGGCGCAUGGCCAAGACGGCACCACCAGCAGCAGUGUCUGGCUCGUGAUCACAUCGACAAAGAGCUCAGAGAGCACCCGACACGAUGAACAAUGAUGGACUCUGCCCACCACAGACCUCAUCGCCCCCGCUUUCAUGUCUGCCCCGUACAACAGCUGCUCUAUUACGAGUUGUCGACCAGUUCGACUCAACAGCCCUUGUCUCGGAGCCCACGCACAGCCUCGGGAUUGGGCCGUUCAACGGCGUGUCGUUUCAUCUCCCAUCGGCCUUGACACCCACUCCCAAUUUCCCAAUCAAGAGCCGCCAGCAAACUCCCCAGCUCCCCUGUCACCACACAGCUACGUAUCUACACUAGCGCUCAAAUGUCGCCACGGCAGACACACGCAGGCUGCCAGGACACCCUGGGCCUGGAGUAUUUGAUCUCUCCUCCUGGGCACUGGGGCACCGGCACCACUCUUUUUUCAGAUCGGAAAUGUCCCACUAGCUGGGCCAUUGUCCACAUGCGCUGGGAUCAGGGGUCUCCUCCCAGAAUUCCCACCUUCGCGUGGCAUGUACCGGCAUGCGCCAACAACAGGGUCGGCCCCAUUCCCGUGUCGACACCUGCCCACCACCUUUUUGCCCCGGGCGCUUCCCCUGUCCACCCUUUCCCUGUAUCCAGAAUAAAAACUCAUGUCGACCCAGUUGUGCUUGCUUCUUCUGGCCCCAGCCUGUUAUUAUUGAUACCUUCGUUUUCCCUGCCUCGCCUGCUGAGCAACGGCACCUUUCCUCACAGCUUACCUAUCCACAUUCUUUUCUAUUUCAUCCCGCUGCCCUGGCCAUAGCAGAUCGCCAAGCCCUUUGCCACUCUUUUCUUCUCUUAUAGCAGAGCUACGGAGUAUAUAUAUAUAUAUAUACAUACGUACAGAUAUAUAUAUAUACAUACAUACAUAUUCACACUUAAACACCUUUUCAAGAAGCUUCUUCUUGGCCCACAGGUAGCAAGUCUACUACACCGGCCUUUAUCAACACACGGGAACAUCUGUAGACCCAGUGUCUAGAAGGUAGCCAUAGAGGCUCACACAUCUACCAUGCGUGCCCAAGCAACAACGUUCGCGGCCGCGGUCUUUCCCGCACUUGUCGCUGCAGUCGAAGCCCCCAUCUUGCAAGGCCUGAAUCUCAUCUGGUCCGACGCCUUCGCCGGUUCGGCCGGUGACGCUGUGGACACUUCCAAGUGGGACAUUGCUCAAGCUAUCGACACAAACCAGGAGCUCCAAAGCUACACAGACGCAAGCUCCAACUUGCAGAUUUCCGGCGGUGGUACAGUGCAAUUCGUCCCUGCCAGGUCGCCCUCAGGACACUGGACAUCAGGUCGCAUCGAAUCCAAGGCAUCAUGGACGCCACAACCUGGCAAGAUUAUGCAAGUCGAGGCGUCUGCCCGGCUCGGUGACGCACCCGCGGCGCAAGCUCAAGGCAUGUGGCCGGCGAUCUGGAUGAUGGGAGACAGCAUCCACCACGGAACCGAAUGGCCAGCGUGCGGCGAGAUCGACAUCUUCGAGACGGUCAACAAGGCCGGCGCGGUCUAUGGCACGCUGCACUGCACCGCUGACGCAUGCCGUCCCAAUGGACAGGAGGGCCUCCAGGGAACCACAGCUAUCGACAAUGGCUGGCACUCAUAUGCCGUCAAAAUCGACAGGACAAGCAACGACUGGACCACCGAGUCAAUCUCAUUCAUGAAGGAUGGCGUGUCUUAUUUCACCGUCACCGGUGCUCAGAUUGGAGACCCGAAUGUCUGGGCCUCGCUCGCGCACUCACCACUGUAUCUGAUCAUGAACGUCGCAGUGGGCGGCACAUGGCCAGGCGAUCCCAACGCCGACAGCCUGGCUGGGUAUGGCAACAUGCUCGAGGUUGAGUACGCUGCCGUCUACUCCAGCUAGGAACCCGCCGACCUUUCACCCGGCGAAAACAGCGGCGCUCACACUCCCGCUCCCCCCGAGGCAUCCCCCAGUCCUUCCGAUUCCAGUCUUUCAAUUUCACUAUUUCCAACACCAUCACCUAUUUCUAUAUCGCCGUCUCCCACUGUCACAACAAGUUUCAGCUCGCCAGCCUCACCACCGAGCACCAACGUCGCUACCACGUCGAGUGAGGGGUCAACGCCUGCGAUGGCGACUCCCACAGUUACUGUGCUCCCGCUGCCCAACGGCAACAGCGGGAACUUCACCAUGGAUCCUCCCACUGGGAACAACUCGAAUCCAGUUUGGAUUCCUGGUGUAAACGGUCUCGGCUCAGUCUCGGCUGGGUCGAGAUCCGUGCACCCAGGCUUCGGCUUCGGUCCCAUUUUGAGAUGGAUGAGGGAGAGGAAGCAAGCACUGCUCCUUCUCUCGCCAAACCACAGAUGUCUGGGUCCACAAGACAGACACAAGUUCGACACACAGUCUUUACCACUUGAUCGGGCGUAUGGCGACACAAUCUCGCUUUGCAAAAGGGUAUACAAAAUAUGGAGAGCGGCUUGGGAUGACGGUUUUGUAGUUGAGCGCACACAGAUGACGUCCCCGUCACCUUUUUCUGACAUAUUGUCUCGGCUGUCCUCUGUGGCCCUUCGGCUGGCAUUGCCCGUGUUGCCGUACCUAUUCGUGCAACAACUAUUAUGAGCGACGACCAACUGCUUUUGGAUAUACCUCUUGCGCUACUAUCGGGAUAGAUACUACUUCUACUGUACAUACAUUUAGUGAUUAUUGGGCAACUAGAUACCAAUCAAUGUGUUGCCUCUGA